GGGUUGGGAUGCAGCUGAGGCCAAGGGGGGUCGUGCAGAUGCAGCCCCACACAGAGAAGAAUUGCCUUUGUAUCAUUGUGUGUGGGGGGGUCAUAUAAUAUCAUCUGCUGGUGGGGCUGGUGACGGCGCUGAAAGGAGCGUUGUGAAACUACAUGAAUAAUGAAUGGCCGUCACAUGAACGUUGCAGACACAGUCCCGAGCUCUGCCAGAACUGCAAAACGGAGCAGAAGCUGCCCACAAAGCGACCACUAAGCGACCACUAAGCGACCACUAAGCGACCACUAAGCGACCUCGUGUAGGCCGAGCACCUCACACACAGCCCGGCUCGGAGCCCCCGCGCCCCCCGGCGGCGGUGAGGGCACGUCCGGAACCUCAGCGUCCGGAACGCGGCUCCGGGGAGCGGCGGAGCGCUGUGGGCGGUGCGCAGGAAGCGGGGAGGCCGCAGUUCCUGUUCCACCGGGCCGCAUGGGGAGGAAGCGGGCCGUGGGGCUGGGCCGCUCCCUGCAGCGGCAGCGCGGCUCGGAGCGGCGGGGCGCCCCGUCAUGGCUGCACGUCAGCGAGGUCGGGGACGAGAGGGGCCCGGAGCGGCGAUCGGCGGUGGAGCAGAGUCCGCUGGAGGAGUUCCUGGCCACUGCGGAGCUCGCUGGGACUCGGUUCGUGGCCGAGCGCCUGAACAUCCAGUUUGUGUCUGCCCAGAGCCGCACCGGGCUGCUCACUGCACAGGAGGCACAGCGCGUCCGGCAGCUGCAUGAGGAGAACAGGCAGUUCCUGCGCAUCCCAAGGAGGCCAUAUUGGGAUAGGACAACCAGUUCUGAAGACUUGAAGCAAGCUGAGCGAGAGAGCUUUCUUGAGUGGAGGAGACAGCUUGCCCACCUUGAGGAAGAAAAAAAGUUAAUUCUAACCCCAUUUGAAAGAAACUUGGAAUUUUGGCGUCAGCUUUGGAGAGUCAUUGAAAGAAGUGAUAUUGUAGUCCAGAUUGUGGAUGCUAGAAACCCCCUUCUUUUUAGAUGCCAAGAUCUGGAAAGUUAUGUUAAGGAAGUCAGCAAUGACAAGGAGAACAUGAUCCUGAUAAACAAAGCAGAUUUGCUGAGUGAGGAGCAGCGGGCUGCCUGGGCACAGUUCUUUGAGAAGGAGGGUGUUAAAGUGGUGUUCUGGUCGGCGUUAGCAGAGAGCAGACGGCUAUCUGGAGAAGUAAAGGAACUGGAUGCUGACAGUGUAGCAGAUGACCUGAGUGAUUCUGAGGAGGAAAGUUCCAGUCAAGAAGAUGUCACUACGGAAGAUGGUGCAGAAAGCACAUCCACAGGCAGUGCUUUGCAAACUGAAAACCAGUGUUUGCUUAGUGACGAUGACAGUAGUGAUGAAUAUGAAGACUGUCAAGAUGAUGAAGAGGAUGACUGGCAAACCUGUUCUGAGGAUGAAGGUGGGGACAAAGUAAAUGCUGUUGCCCCAAAGAGUAUGGAAAGCAGAACUGAUAUUCUUACAAUACAGCAUGUAGUGCAAGACCAGAACAAGAACAUCAAGAACUUUAGCCAUCUGGUACAGAGAAAUGAGCUACUGGAGAUAUUCAAAACACUGCACAGCGGACCAAGGGUGAAGGAUGGGGAAGUAAAUGUCGGACUGGUGGGUUACCCUAAUGUUGGCAAAAGUUCAACAAUCAACACAAUUCUUGGAGAUAAGAAGGUGUCGGUGUCUGCAACUCCAGGUCGCACAAAGCACUUCCAGACUCUGUAUGUGGAGCCUGGCCUGUGCCUCUGUGAUUGCCCUGGUCUGGUGAUGCCAUCUUUCGUCUCCACCAAAGCAGAGAUGAUUUGUUCUGGAAUUCUGCCCAUAGACCAGAUGAGGGACCAUGUUCCACCCAUUUCUUUAGUUUGCCAGCAUAUUCCACGAAACAUUUUGGAAGCAACCUAUGGAAUAAAUAUCAUAAGGCCAAGGGAAGAUGAGGAUCCAGAUCGAAAGCCAACAGCUGAAGAGCUGCUAACAGCAUAUGGAUAUAUGAGAGGCUUUAUGACAGCCCACGGACAGCCAGACCAGCCGAGAUCGGCUCGAUAUGUGCUAAAGGACUAUGUCAGUGGGAAGCUGUUAUACUGCCAUCCACCUCCUGGCAUUGACCCAGAUGGUUUUCAGCACCAGCAUGAAAGGUAUCCAGAGAGCAGAAUUGUCCAAGCCAGUGGACCAGAGAAGCCUAAAAAGAAAACCAAAGCAAAACAAAUUGAAAAUGUGGUGGACAAAUCAUUUUUCCACCAGGAGAAUGUUCGUGCUCUGAUGAAAGGCGUCCGGGCUACGAUGGGAUACCGGCCUGGCAGCGGCCUUGUGUCUGUGCCUGCACCCAAUGCUGGGAGCGUGGUAGGAAAGCCCUGGAAAAAACACGGCAACAGGAACAAGAAGGAGAAAAUUCGCAGGAUCACUAAACAUCUGGAGAAUUAGCCAUGGCCCUGAUACCCAGCAGUCCCAGGGCAGGCACUGCUCUGUCCUGCAGGCAAAAAUUGUAAGUGGGCAUCACUAGCUCACCUUGGGAGCUCUGCGCUGUGGGUUGGCCUGGGCAGAGGAUAAGAGUGGGCUCUGAUACUUGGGAGCUCAUCUUUUCUGAGAGAAAAAAAUGGACCUGGCCAUUUGUGUUACCUGGAAGCUGGCCCAGUUAUUUGGGCACCACUGAGAUGUCCUUUCAAUGGAAGCAGAUGGAGCUGUGCAGGAAUGUUUUUUCCUCAAGCAAGCCCUGUAAAACUGACUAAAAUCUUCAUAAACAGUUGAAUCUUAAUGAGUGAUGUUUGUUACCCUGUGAGAUGCUAUUGCUCACCUCCUGGUUUGUGUGCAUUUUUUAAAGCUUGUUUCUUGAUCUGACAGGACACUUGAGUGGGUUGAAAAAAUUACUUCAAAGAUUUUUAUUGCCUUUUUCCUUUUCUACUCAGCCCUAUUUUAUGAAAUCCUGAAAGCACUCCCUGUUUCCCAGCCUAAGGCAGAGCAUGGGACGCCAUGUAAAGGAAGCACUGCCUUUAUGUCCUUCACACUGAGCUGGUAUCAGUUGUUUAUGUGAUUUCCUAUUGGUAUUUUAAAACACUGUUUUCCACGUGGCUGGCAAAAAAUCUGCUGGUGCUCAUUUGUCCUAAAACAUGGUGAGGAUUUCACUUUGUGUAUUGUUGUGUAUAUCGUCUUGCUGCCUGUUGUUACACACUAUCUGAUCUCAGAAGUAUUGUUAGCAGCAGAUUUCAGUAUCUAUGUUAGCAUUUGAUGCUAAAAAGAUUCUGCUUAUUUGGGGUUGGACUUAAGCAGGACACACUCCUUGUUUUCCCUGCUCAGAAAAUAUUUGUGUACAUGGUCAGAGUUUUUCAUUCCUCCUGCAGCAUGGAGUAAUAAUAGGAUUGGAAAGGCUCCCAAAGUCAAUUUGGGCUUUGCUUUUAGGUGGUGGAACACAGUAACAGAUAUGGACACUGGUUUCUGAUGCUAAAAAA